CAUGGCUCAUUCUUUCCUCAUUUAUCGCUGCAGAAGGAAGACAUGAUAGCAAAAUUCUCACAGGCUGUGGAUUGGGGACGUUGCUCAAUCCGAGCCUUUGCCUGGCAUCCUCACACUAGCAAGUUUGCAGUGGCCCUGCUGGAUGACUCCAUCCGUGUUUACAAUACAAACAGCGCCACAGUGCCAAUCCUGAAACAUCGCUUGCAAAGGAAUGUGGCAUCGAUGGCGUGGAAGCCACUGUGUGCAUCCAUCCUUGCUGUGGCAUGCCACAGUUGUGUGCUGGUUUGGCAUCUUGAUCCCACUUCCCUUUCUACCAGGCCUUCUUCUGGCUGUGCUCAGGUGCUUAGCCACCCUGGUCAUAGCCCCAUCACUAGUUUGGCUUGGGCACCCAGUGGAGGAUUGCUCCUUUCAGCUUCACCUGUUGAUACUGCCAUGCUUGUUUGGGAUGUAUCCACAGAAAACUGUAUCCAGUUGCAGUGGUUUGGAGGAGGUGGGGUCACUUACCUGGCUUGGUCCCCUGAUGGCAGCAAAGUUCUAGCAGCAACACCGUCAGCUGUCUUCAGGGUGUGGGAGGUUCAAAUGUGGACUUUCGAGAAGUGGCCAACCAUCAAAGGCCCCUGUCAGACUGGCUGCUGGAGUCCAGAUGGCAGCCGCUUGCUCUUCACAGUACAAGGAGAAUCAGUGAUAUAUUCCUUGUCUUUUUUGGAAUACAGUGGUGAACAGCAAGGACAGGUUGGUGGGUCAAAAACAGCAUCCAUUGUGGCAGACCUGUCAGAGACCACCUUUGAGACUCUCUAUGGGGAAGAGAGGAUUGGAGGGGAAGUACACUCGAUGGUUUGGGACCCAAGUGGUGAGAGGCUAGCAGUUAUCAUUAGAGGGAAUUGUGAUUCUCCCAGCAACAGGACCAUCAUUGCAGUAUUUCGCACCCGCAACAGCCCUGUGUUUGAACUCUUACCCUGUGGCUUCUUGCAGGGUGAAGAUGGGGCACAGCCUCAGCUAGUUGCUUUCCACCCUUGUUUUAAGAAAGGAGCUCUACUGACUGUGUGUUGGUCAACUGGAAAGAUCAGCCAUAUUCCCUUCUUCUUUGUGACUGCCCAGUUUCCAUCUUUUACAUCUGGACAAAGCCCCCUCGUGCCCUUGGGCAGUAGAAACAGCACCCGGGAGCAGCCAUUGUUUUCAGAGCUCUGAAGGUCCAGCUUGCUGUUAAAAUAUCUCUGGCUUAUUGUCCUACUUGUCAGCCCUUGUUGCUCAAGAACACAGGAGAUAUUUGAAGACUGGUGAUUUAAAGGGAUGAAGCUUCCUUCAGGUGUAACUACAAGUUGAUUACCUGGUGUUGCCUACUGCUACCUAUCCAUAGUUAGUCUCUGGCACCUCUGGCACCGGCUUGUCUGAGAGGAACAACUAUUUGAAGAAGAAAAUAACACCCAAAUAACUACUCCUGCUUGUUGCUUCUCUCUGUGGCAUGUUUCCUACAGGGUGGCUUUAUCAUUUAGGACAGAACCACUUUCAUUGCUCUUACAUAAUUACGGUUUGGAUAUACAAUUUGUUUAGACGUUAUUCUCAAGUAAAUUUCUAUUGCC